AUGGAACAAAUUUUGUUAAUAACAACGUUGUUGUUGUUACUUUGUCUCAAUGUUUCAAAAGCAUUAGAUUGUGAGUUGAAUCCUAAUGAUCCUAAUAGAGUUGCAUAUACUAUUGUUGUUGACAAAUCAGGAAGUGUGAAGAGACAAGAAGAUAUAGCACCAGCGGUUGCAGCUCUCAUAGAAGGAGAUAAAGGGAUUUUCCAUAAGUGUGGUUUUGUUGGUCUGCAAGAUACCUUGUGGGAUGGAAAUGGUCGCCAUCGCUAUACCGAAUGCUACAUUGAAGGUGUAACCGAUGUCAUAUCUGGCGCUGGUCAAUCUAUAUACGAGAACUGUGAGAUAAAUAUACCAGUCGACCUAUAUGCUCCAGUGAUAGGACAUGGUUACAUAACAGCUCAAGGGAAGGAAGACUCAAGUCAAACCAAUGGGUUUGUAUUCAUUGGAUGCUCAGUGAUUGGAAGUGGGACUGUCUAUCUUGGGAGGGCUUACAGACCUUUCUCCACAGUUAUUUACUAUUCAUCUUUCCUAUCAGCUUGUAUUAACCCUGCUGGUUGGGAUCCUUGGGAACAAGUUGGCCAUGAGGCGAGUUUGACUUAUGCAGAAACACGUUGUGUUGGACCAGGAGCAGACACUUCGAAGCGUGUGUCUUGGCUUCAAAAUCUUAGUAUAGAUGAGAUUAGACACUUUACGAGUAUUUCUUUCAUUGAUCAGGAAGGUUGGACAUUGAAGCUUCCUCUAUUUUAG